AUGACGGCAUUUAUCUCUAAUACGAUAGACACGGCUCUAGUCUCGAUGCACAUGGACGCUGUAGACGCGCUCCGAGCCUUCUUCAUCUUUGCAUCCUGUACGAUCCUAUCGGUCAGCCUGUCGGGUUCACUUCGCUCACGCUUCGUCCCCUAUGGCGCCCGUGCAACCUCAACGGUCGAGUCGAAUUCCUCCUUGUGUAAGCCUCCGAGCACAUCCCUGGUGACACACACCCUCGACUCCCUGGCCGCCCUGAGAGUCCCUCAUGGCUACUUUACGCAGUUCUACAUUGCAUCUGUGCUGUCAUCGCUCUUCUGGGCCACCCAGGUUCUGUCUCGGGGGCCCGCAUUCCAGGCCAUUGCGACGAGAAUCCACCCGGAACACCUGCAGAAUACGAUGUCUUUGAACCAAGUUUUUCUCUGCUGGGUAUUGAUGCUUGUCCAGGGUGCAAGGCGGCUAGUCGAGUGCUUUUCCUUCUCCAAGCCGUCGUCAUCCCAGAUGUGGUUCGGUCAUUGGCUCAUUGGUAUUACCUUCUACGUGGCAGUGACAGUUGCGAUUUGGAUUGAGGGGACCGGGAGUAUUACAUCUCAAGACUUCACUCUUGACGAUGUUAAAAUAACCACCGCACCAUCCCUCCGCACGUUUCUUUCUCUACCUAUCUUUUUAGUUGCAUCAGGCGUUCAGCAUGACUGCCACCACUACCUAUUUUCGCUUCAGAAGUAUACGCUUCCUGCCCACCCGUUGUUUCGCAGCACUGUGUGCCCGCAUUACACUGGUGAAUGCGCAAUCUAUCUGUCGUUGACGCUGCUAGCCGCGCCACAAGGAGAAUGGGUCAACAAGACGCUUCUGUCGGCGCUAGCAUUUGUCGCAAUCAAUCUGGGUGUCACCGCGGGAACCACCAGGAAGUGGUAUACUGAGAAGUUUGGGGAGGAGUCGGUGCGGGAACGAUGGAACAUGAUUCCGGGUGUGUACUAA